AUGUCUGCCCACUUCUUCUCUCCCUCUCAAACAUCCCGACAUAUCGUCCUACCACGAACGCGCUUCUACUCUUCGGGCGGCUACCGUCACUACCGAUCCCAGGUAAAGAUGAACGAACUUGUUCUCUAUGGACUCAUGGGAACCAACAUCGCCAUCUUCGGGUACGCAUAUUACGUCAAGGAGCAAGCUAGGCAGGGCUUCUCAAGGCCGUUUGUGAAUUUCAUGAACAAGAUGACGUUAAACCUCACUGCGUUUCAGCAUGGAAACUACUUCUCGCUCCUCACUUCCAUCUUUACGCACAUAGACAUCGGCCAUAUAUUUUCCAACAUGUUCACCGUGUACUUCCUGGGUUCUUUCUUGGCUAGUGCGCCCAUCAUAACGCCCUUCCGCUACCUGACCAUUGCUCUUGGCUCUGGAAUUGCGGGGUCUGUCGGCUACCUAUUCAACCGGUAUUAUCAGUUGCAGGCUCAAGGUCCUCAUACCAGAGACUAUACGCGCGGUUUGGGAUUCUCCGGAGCCGUCAUGGGCAUCAGCAGUGUAGCGGCGUGUCUGGCACCACAUUCUAAAGUGAUGAUAUAUGGUCUCGUGCCAAUGCCACUUUGGGCUCUUGUUACGGGCUAUGCAUUCUACGAUGGCUUCGGUCUCAACGACGCGAACUCGCCCAUUGGCCAUGCGGGACACCUAGGAGGACUGGCGUUUGGACUUGUGUAUUACUUUGCUAGGCUGAGGGGUUUAAGGUUGUGA